AUGCUUCUUCAUUGCUUGAACAUGAAAGCUGUAUCGUCGCCUUCUCCUCACAAUCUGAAACCGAUGUUGGGGUCUAACCAGCCGGUAGUUCCGGUGACGGCGACGGCGCGGAUGGUGCGGUCAAAUCCAUUGGUACAUUACGCGAAUGGAUCUGACUCCUGUGGUUCUAGUCGUUCUCAAUGGCAGAGCUCAUGCGCUAUUCUAACAAGCAAAGUUGUUUCUCAGGAGCAAUCUAAAUCCUUACCGGUGCCUCCAGUUUCCGGCGGAGUCAAUCAUGUGAACGGCGAUAACGGUGCCGCGCGAGUUUUGGGGAUGAAUCUAGUUCCGAUUGAGAAAUCUGAUAGCAAUCCGUUGGUCUCGCAUCAUCUGCAAAAGCCUCUUAGUGCUACGGAUCUCUCGCGGGCUCCGAUGCACGGAUCUAAUCUACGCGUGGCGUAUCAAGGCGUUCCCGGAGCUUACUCUGAAGCAGCCGCCGGUAAAGCUUACCCUAAUUGCCAAGCUGUACCUUGCGAUCAAUUUGAGGUUGCGUUCCAAGCGGUGGAGCUUUGGAUCGCAGAUCGAGCUGUUUUACCGGUGGAGAAUUCUCUCGGUGGUUCGAUUCAUCGGAAUUACGAUCUCCUCCUCCGUCAUCGUCUUCACAUCGUCGGUGAAGUUCAGCUCCCUGUUCAUCACUGUUUAUUAGCUCUUCCCGGUGUACGCAAAGAGUUCCUCACGCGCGUGAUCUCGCAUCCUCAAGGUCUCGCUCAGUGUGAGCACACGCUCACAAAGCUCGGACUCAAUGUGGCGCGUGAGGCAGUCGACGACACGGCAGGAGCCGCUGAGUUCAUCGCCACAAACAACCUCCGCGACACAGCGGCGAUCGCAAGCGCGCGUGCCGCGGAGAUUUACGGGUUGGAGAUUUUGGAAGAUGGGAUUCAGGACGACCCGAGUAACGUGACGCGGUUCGUGAUGCUGGCGCGUGAGCCAAUCAUACCAAGAACGGAUCGUCCGUUCAAGACGAGCAUUGUUUUCGCACACGAGAAAGGCACAAGCGUGCUUUUCAAGGUGCUUUCGGCAUUCGCCUUCAGAGACAUCAGCUUGACGAAGAUCGAAUCGAGGCCAAAUCACAACCGUCCGAUGAGGUUCGUCGACGAUGCAAACGUCGGUACGGCAAAGCAUUUCGAGUACAUGUUUUACGUCGACUUCGAGGCCUCGAUGGCGGAAGCUCGUGCUCAGAACGCACUAUCGGAGGUUCAGGAGUUUACAUCGUUCUUGAGGGUGCUAGGAAGGACAUGGUGGCACUGCGGAUUCCACUUGACGACCUCGAUCGUAGCGCCGCCGCUACUGAGCCUACCGUACGCUUUCAAAUUCUUAGGAUGGGCGGCCGGAAUAUCAUGUUUGGUGGGAGGAGCUGCCGUCACUUUCUACUCAUACACUCUCCUCUCUCUCACUCUCCAACACCACGCUUCGCUCGGCCACCGUUACCUCCGGUUCCGUGACAUGGCCCAUCACAUCCUCGGACCGAAGUGGGGGAAGUACUACGUGGGACCAAUACAAAUGGCGGUGUGCUAUGGUGUGGUUAUUGCCAAUGCUCUCUUGGGAGGCCAAUGCCUUAAAGCAAUGUAUUUGGUAAUGGACCCAAAAGGUGAAAUGAAACUCUAUAUGUUUGUGAUGCUUUUUGGAGCCUUGCUCUUGGUUUUGGCACAAAUCCCAUCUUUUCACUCUCUACGACACAUCAACUUCGCUUCUCUCCUCCUCUGCCUUCUCUAUAGUGCUUCCUCCGCUGCCGCCUCCAUAUACAUUGGAAAAACAUCUAAUGGACCAGAGAAGGAUUAUACAAUAACUGGUGACCAGGAAACAAAAGUGUUUGGAAUCUUUAAUGCUAUGGCUAUUAUUGCCACUACUUACGGCAACGGCAUUAUACCCGAAAUUCAGGCAACAUUGGCUGCACCAGUCAAAGGAAAAAUGUUCAAAGGAUUAUGUAUGUGUUACACUGUAGUGAUAGUGACAUUCUUCACAGUAGCCAUCUCAGGAUAUUGGGCGUUUGGUAACAAAGCCAAUGGACUCAUAUUCACUAAUUUCUUAAAUCCAGAGACAAACCAUUACUUAGUUCCUAAUUGGUUUAUUUUUCUCAUCAAUCUCUUCACCGUCCUUCAACUAUCGGCCGUUGCUGUGGUCUACUUACAACCGAUAAACGAUAUUUUUGAAAGUCUACUCAGCGAUUCAACAAAAAAAGAAUUCUCUAUCCGUAAUGUCAUACCUCGACUAGCCGCACGUUCCUUCUUUGUCGUGGUGGCUACAGGCGUCGCGGCAAUGCUACCAUUUUUUGGUGAUAUAAACUCCUUGUUAGGUGCUUUCGGUUUUAUGCCUCUAGACUUUGUUCUACCUGUAGUGUUCUUCAACGUAACGUUCAAGCCAUCUAAAAAAAGUUUCAUUUUUUGGAUCAACACUUUGAUCGCCGUGGCUUUUUCUAGCUUAGGGGUGGUUGCUAUGGUUGCAGCAGUUAGGCAGAUUAUUAUCGAUGCUAAUACCUCAAUCUCUGCUCUCUCGUAUCAAACUCAGCAUCAAGGUUCCUUCUUCUUCACUCGCAACGAGAAUCAUGUCUCUCUCCCUGCUCAAAUCCCAGCUCUUCGAUCAACCACCCGCUCUUUCCUCGAUUUUUAUAAGUUCGGGAACAAGAAAGCAAUUGCGGAUGAACGUGCUAGACUUAAUGAUGAGAUGAAUCGGGGAUACUUUGCUGAUAUGAAAGAAUUGAGGGAACAUGGUGGUAAGAUUGCAGCUGCAAACAAGACUUUAGUUCCUGCCGUGUCAGCCAUGAAAUUUCCGGAGUUAGCAGUGACUUUCUCUGAUGGAAAAAAGCUGAAGUUGCCUAUUACUUCUAAUAGCAAUGAGGUUAAAACAGAGAGCUUGGCUCUUCCUAGAGUAUCACUUGUGUGCCUGUCUUUCCGAGCAAGCUCUCAGGAAAUGAUCAGCUCGUGGAGCAAACCAUUUCUUGAAUCCUUUGGCGACAGGAACGAUCUUCAGUUGUUUGAGGUUUCUUUUAUAGACAAAUGGCUGCUGGGAUUGGCCCCCAUAAAAAAACUACUUCUCCGGGUCUUGCAAAAACCAAACAACAGCGAGAACAGUGUCCUCCAGAGGCAGUCUGUUUACUUUUUCGGGGACCAUUAUGACUUCCGAAAACAAAUUAAAGUUCUGAACCUUCUCACCGGGUAUAUUAUCCUAGUCGACAAAUUCGGGAAGAUAAGAUGGCAAGGAUUUGGAACAGCCACUCCAGAGGAAGUAUCUCAACUUCUCUCUUGCACCUCACUUCUCUUGGAAGAUCAGUGA